CGUAACUGAAUGUGGGCGUUCCUGACUGAUCUCACGAUAUUUCUGCCUUGGAGACAAGAAUGUUUACCCUGGAUACAGGAAGCGACAAGCGAUUUAACUCCCAGGUAACCACUACAUUCAUGGAAGAGUCCGAGGGUCCACAGUCGGUGUGGAAUCUUAUCGUGCAGUAUGUCCCAGAGUCAGAACUCCCAGAAAUCCGUGGCUUGCUUGGAGAUGCUUUGAUUGACACAUACAAAGAGAUGUAUUCUGAGGUGACCAUGUGGCAGGAGAUUCGGCAGACGGCGCGAGGCAGUAAACAGGUCAACAGCCCGAGGCCCCCUCGGUCCCCCCUGGCUGACCCUCCUGCCGUCAAGGAGCUGCUGAAAGCUGAGAUCCAGCUGCUGCUGAGCACCGUGAGACUGAGAGCAGAACAGGAGGGCAGGGAUGGAGACGCUGACCUGUUCCGGUACAGCCCUGCUGUGGUGAAUUACGCCUUGGAUGCCCCUGGCUACCGCAGUGACUCUGGGACCCAUUUGAUCCGGAGCCAGCCGCCAGACAGGCCCUGUUCGCUGAGCUCCACUACGGGCCAGGGCAGCGUCGACGCCGUGAGACACGAGCUGAAUGUCACCCACAUAGAUGACGUCGUCGCCCGCCUGAGAUCAGUCCUGACAGAGGAAUGCGAGGCACUGAAAAGCCAUGUGCAAUUUCUCCAGGAGUGUGUGGAACAAGAGCGCCAGACACAGCGUGAUGUCUCGGAGACUCCGGAGCCCUCUGUUACGGAGCUGAAGGAGGCCAGGAGAGCCAUCCAGAUGGAUCUGAAAAGGCACUGUCUCAGUCCCAUCUACCAUCCCCCGUGCCCUGUGGAAACCAGCUUUUCUAGAACCUCCAGGUUGACGGAUUUCACUGCAGAGGAGACGGAGCGACACUGUGAACCACCUCCUCCACAGUACCGGCCAAGUCCGCCGCUAGUGGAAGCGACAGGCGGAACUCCUCCACUGAACAGGGCUCGAGGCCAGCCGCGCUGCUCAUCCCACCCCCGUGAACACAGCCCUCUGCAAAGCUCUGAACGUGAACGUCCACGGACUCCCAGACGGAGCACCGAGGCUUCCAGUCCCUGCGACAGAGGACUCACCGCCCAGGAUGGGUUCCGACACCUACCGGGUCUUGUCCGCUCCUUUAGUACACUGCCCACAGUUGGACUCAACCCCAGCCCUGCCUCGGGUGCCGCGGGCAUCAAGGCCAGAACCAGCAAGACUUCUGUUCAGCCCGUCACUGAGGGAUAUUUGAAACUUGAUGACUCAGACUCUGCGAUCAUCCAGACUUUUUUGUUCCCUAGCGGGCACCGUCCUCUAGGCCCCUCCUUACAGCGACUGUGGACCGAAGGGCGCCAUGUGCAGGUGUGCCCUGCCAACAUGUUCCUCCCUGCGCCCCCAGCAGUGCAGAGGCCAGCCAGCAGGGGGCGGAGUGUGGCCAGGCGCCUGAGUUCGCCGCAGGGAGACAGCAUGGUUAGCACCUUGUGAACCUGAAUGUGUUACUACAAAAGAGGGUACUCUGAUACUGUGACCUGCUGCUGUCAGAUACAUGCAUGUUACUCCUGAAAGGGGACAUUUUGCAAACCAGUGUCUCACCAGAGCUUAACUGGUGAGACACUUCCGGAAUGUUGGGAAGAAUUGUGAGUGUAUACAGUGGUUAGAUAACGUCUUCGACAUGGAAACACAGGGAUGUCAUAUGUACGGUCAUUUUCCUGAGCCUCAUAGUAUAGUACACGUCUUGAUGCCUUAGCAAUCAUUCACAUUUCAUCUACCUACUUCAACCAUGUAGUAAAUGGAUUUGAGCAAAUGUUUGUAUGCCUGUAACGCAGGUUUUAAUAAUUCUGAUCUGCUUUUUAUAAAUAUAACCUAGAAGUAACCUAUUCAGAAAUAGAAAACUGAGUGUUGUGUAACAAAAGAUUGAACUUCAAACACGCCGGCGUGAUCUUUAAAAUAGAUUUUAUUUACCAUUUGUAAUUGGACAUUUUACGAUAUACAGCUGACAUGACUAAAACAAUUCAAUGGAUUUUGGCCCUAAGGUUCAAGAAACGUGGUUAGAUAUAAGUGAUAA